AUGCUAAUAGAACNAGGUUUGGCGUCUGGCCCUUGUGCUAAUGGCAUUGGAAGAUGUUGCCUGUUCCAAGGGACGUGCGGCGACACAUCUUCAAACAACAACACCUAUUUUUUCAAUAGCGGAUACCCCAAUACGGCUAACACAGCGGCUCAAUGUAUAUUUACAAUAAUUCCAGAAUCCCGGAAUAUAUGUCAGAUAAGACUGGAUUUUCUGAGUUUGGUAUUAGCCCAACCCGACGGAAAUGGCAACUGUGUAGACGAUUCGAUGAUAAUAACUGGCGCUGCAUCUGUCGUUCCAGUGAUUUGCGGUGAAAAUUCCGGGCAACAUAUAUAUUUGACUGUUGAUGGUACCAAUCCAAUUCAAAUCGUCAUCUCCACAGGAACUACUGUGACUUUAGGAAGAAGUUGGAACAUCAAAGUUACUCAAAUCGAUUGUGACUGUCCAACGUUAGCUCCAAUAGGAUGUCUUCAGUAUUACACAGAAUUGACUAAUACCGUCAAUAGUUUCAAUUAUGGCAAUGGUUUGAAUGGGAACCUAGUAACACAAGCCGAUGGUACAAUUGUUGCAGGAACUAGACAAAUCGCCAAUCAAAGAUAUGGUAUUUGUGUUGGAAUGACACCAGGUGAGACAACUAACACAGGUUGAACAUCAUAAAAUCUUCAGAAAUGAUCACCAGAUCUUCAGAGUACUUUUAUCGAUCUCCAAAUGACAUUUCCAACCCAUCAUUCCCUUUUAUAGAUAAUUUCAGCUUCAAAUCACGAUCAGAACUAAAGGAUUCUGUUUGACAACACGAAAGUCAUUGCCCCUAACCAGGAAUACCAUAGCCGACUGAUACGAGAGACAAUAAAGAUCCACGAACACAGGGAUAAUU